UGUAGCAUCACUGACAGGAGGACAGAUUGUUUUUUUUCAUUUGUAGUUUUUUUUUUUUUUCGGGAAAAGUGAAACAAGAGAGAAGACUGAAGUCAUCCUGCUUCAUUUAUAUUCAGCUGGGAUCUCUCUCUCUCUCUCUCUCUCUUUGUCUCUGUCUACCCCCCCUCCCUCUCUCUCUCCUCUCUCUCUCUUUAUCUCUCUGUCUGUGUCUCUCUCUCGGACUCAGAUUAUCUCCAUCAUCCUGCCGCUGAGAUGUCGACUCCAGAAGCAGCAGGUACUCCAGGAGCUCCCGGGGCCCCGGACGGGGAGGGCGGCCCUGCAGCUCCGGCCCCAAACCUGACGAGCAACAGACGACUGCAGCAGACACAGGCUCAGGUGGACGAGGUUGUGGACAUCAUGCGUGUGAACGUGGACAAAGUCCUGGAGAGAGAUCAGAAGUUGUCGGAGCUGGACGACCGAGCCGACGCCCUGCAGGCCGGAGCCUCGCAGUUCGAGAGCAGCGCCGCCAAACUCAAGAACAAGUACUGGUGGAAAAACUGCAAGAUGAUGAUCAUGAUGGCGGUCAUAGGUGUUAUAUGUGUUGGAGUCGUCUUCUUGUAUUUCUUCUACUGAGCUGGUCUUCAGGGAUGGACACACUCCGAGCCAAACCCAGCCUCUCCUCAGCGCUCUUCAUCCUCCUCUUCCUCACCGAUGCCUUCCUCAGAAAAAAAAAAACCUCCAUGCAUGGUCUUUAAUGUGCUCCAGUGCCUCCUCUUUGUCUCUGCUCCGCCUCUCCAGGCAGGUUUCCUGAGUCAAAUAGUAACUAGAGUAUAACUCUUGGUAUUUGUUUUAACUACUUGGGAGUACCAGACGGGUGGGGUUUAACUGCAUCAGGACAGUUUAAACGAUCAUGUCAAACUGAUUUUAAAAUAUUUCCUUCUUUAAAUUAUUUUUCUUUUGGCUCUGCGUAUGUUAUCCUGUGAACCAAAUUUCAUCCUCGGGGUUCGAUACAAAAUUUUCCAAACAGUAUUUAAUGCAGUUUUGAAAUCUAAUGACCCAGGUUUGCUCUCACAGCCAGACGAACCACCUAUGGGGCAAAAGUUUCCCGUCGGGCCCCUAUUGACCCCGACUAUACACGGUAGUAUUCUGGAGCUGAAAUGAUUGGAUGAUUAAUCAACUGACCAACAAUUAAUUGGCAACAAUUUUGAUAAUUUUUUUGUUGUUUAAGCAAAAAGGACAAAAAAUC